AUGCUGAUUCUCAGCCUGGUGUCGGCGCUUGCCGUUUCCCUGCCUUUCGCGGCAGCCAAGCCGGCUUACAAAAUUCCUGCGAUCAUGUCGAAGCUGGUUCAGGAGGACGACACCUGCAUCAUGCCUGAGGGUUUCCGCAUCCAGAAGUUCCGCAUCUGGUCUCCUCAAGCAGGCAGCAACCGCUCGGUGAAUAUAAACUUCGAGUACACGGACGACAGCACUAGCAUCAACACUUGCUGUCACCUCAACCAGUCAUCGGCCAGCGUUGGCCCGCCCGGGCUUACUCCUCGAUAUGCCUGCAACAAUGACACCGUACAAUUCAUCUGGCAGAACGGCACCAUGACCGUGGUUGAGAAGGCGUGCCCGCAGACUAGCUCGCAUUUCGAGGCUGCUGGCAGUGUGACGCUUAAUCUCACUUGCACUAAUACCCUCUUCAACUCGACUGCCGGGGCUGGUUCGAGCUGCGUAUCCACCAAGGACCCGAUCGAAGCUAUCUUUACCAGCCUCGAGCCCACGCCACAGUAA